GAGAUGGAGCCCCGCAGCCCAUCAGCCCUGGACUGUGCUUGGCAAAGUUUCAGUCUCGCCUCCUAACUGCAUGUAGAUGGAUGUACACUAAUGAACGGCGGACGGACAUUUUAAGACAGGAGGAAAAUCUUCAUCGACACUUUUUCUCGAUUUAUUUUUUCACGUGAGCCAAAUUGCGCAGGGAGAAUGGAUCAGGCACCAAGCAGCACCACUCAACCACCCCAAACCCAACACGAACCCAUUAGCUUUGGGAUUGAUCAGAUAUUGAGUGGUUCUGACCCAGAGAACUCCACGCAACAGUCCAACACCAGGGGUUCGGAUACUAUUGCCAGCAGUUACCACCUGGGCAGCCCCACAAGCACCACUACUGCCCCUUACUCCUUGCCCGGCCCGUUCCCUGGCAUCGGCUCGCCCUUCGAGGACUCUGGAUGCUACAGUGUGAAUCUAAGCCUGGCCCCGGCCGGCGUGAUUCGGGUGCCAGCUCACAGACCCAUACCCGGCGCAGUGCCACCUCCUAUCACCAGUGCCAUGCCAACAGUCCCGGGGUUCGGGAGCCUCAAUUUCCCUUGGAUGGAGAGCACAAGGCGGUUCGCAAAGGACAGAUUCACUGCGGCUCUAACGCCCUUCACUGUGUCCCGGCGGAUCGGACACCCCUAUCAGAACAGGACCCCACCCAAGAGAAAGAAACCGCGGACCUCGUUCUCCCGGGUGCAGAUCUGCGAGUUGGAAAAGCGCUUCCAUCGGCAGAAGUACCUGGCCUCGGCCGAGAGGGCGGCGCUUGCCAAGUCCCUCAAAAUGACCGAUGCACAGGUUAAAACAUGGUUCCAGAACAGAAGGACGAAUCCGAAGGCACAGACUGCGGAGGAGCGGGAGGCAGAGAGGCAGCAGGCAAACAGAUUGAUGAUCCAGCUGCAGCAUGAUGCCUUCCAGAAGUCCCUGAGCGACUCCAUCCAGCCGGACCCGCUGUGCAUCCACAACUCCUCUCUGUUCGCCCUGCAAAACCUGCAGCCCUGGGCAGACGAGAAUGGCAAGAUGCAGCCCGUUACGUCACUGGUGUGAGAGACGCCCCUCCGUGCAGACUCAGAAACAAAAACUCAAAUUUAACAAAAAAAAAAAAAAAAGAAAUGUCGGUUUGUUUUUAUAAAUAAAACAAUUACAAAAAACUGCAUGAUUUCAAUGCAACCAAGACUUAUAAUCCAACCAAUGACAACCCCCUCCCUCCCAUCUGCACCCAAAAUGGGUCUCCGUAGAUGGAUCCCCUGAACCCACGCAUUCUCACUCUGAUUGCCAACACUGGAAGACUGCAGCCCCAUUGAAAGCACGUGACCUGCUUGCCACAUUUUCUCCACUCAUCUCAAUACAGGUUUUUAGGAGCACUGUUCAAACCAAACCUGGUUUUACUACAGGUCCUCACAGGCUCUCCCUGUGCAGCAAAGGAGACAGCGUUGCCCAGGGAGGAGAGGAGAGGAGAGGGGAGGUGGUUGCAAAGAGAUGUACCUGGAUGGUUUCCUUCUUCUUUUCUCCUUAGGAAAGGAUUCCCCUGAUGAGCACAACAGCCGAGCUGCAGCAUCUCGUUUAAAACCUGGGUGUGGAUUCUAACACUUUAACAGUCAAGAAGGAAUGUCUGUAAAUUAAAAAAAAAAAAAUCUGUGGUUUGACUACAGAUAAAGUAUAUUGGUAGUUAGGACAAAUAACUGUGGCUAGGAUGGAUAGACUUUUCUUUGAAAGCAGGUUAGCUUCCCAUGUCUGGAACUAGUUAUGGUGCAGAAUUCAAGUAUUGAUCAUGUUGUUUAAGGUUAUUGUGAGUACUCUGGAACUGCAGUUUAAUGUCAGUGAACUUUGCCACCGCAGUACAGCACACUGCACUGGAAAUCAUGUUGAGACAAAUGGCAUUAUGAUAGCAAUGUCACUGUGUGUGCAUUGUAUCUACAAUUUAGACUCACUAGAAAUAUAGAUAAUAUACAUCUAAAGUGCAGUCUGUCUACACUCUGCAGAUAUUUGUCCAG